AUGAGAAGCCUCUUCUUCGGUCUCGUAAUGCUCAGUUUCGCCACAGUGAUUGAUGCCCAGUCUGCAAUCGGGGCUACAGAAGUAGGCACAAGCACUGCUUUUGUUACCGCUUCAGCCGUAUCCGACUCGCCUCAAGCCCUCCCUUCGUCAACCAUCACGGCUAAUCCGAACGUUGUCACGUUCUAUCUACCCUCACCAACUUCCCAAGUCGGAAUUCCUUUCACCAGCAUUGUGUCGGUCAGCCUCGUUGGCUCUGGAGUUUCUGGAGGGGUCACCUACACGACGUACGUCGAAGAGCGCGUGGUGGAGAUCCCGGCUGCGACGAUGACUACCCUGGUCGAUAGUACUCCGGUAGACACUGCUCUAGCUUCUGGGUCCACUACUACAAUAACCGGUACAAUGGUAUCCAAUGGACAAAGCUGGACGUUUACAGCUCCCGACUUUGGCAAUUUUGUAGAGAACUGUACCAUAUCCCCGCAAACCGACGCGAUACUACAAAUGUCACCUUUGCUCGAGUGUUCGUAUAACUCGACCAACGGCUUUGGGGGAUCAAUAGGGAGUGGCUUGGCGGAGUAUACUCUUAUUCUUGAUUCUUCGAAUGCUGUUCCAUCUUCAACCGGGAGCCUAAGUCAUGGAUCGGAUUCCGGGAGCGAAACUUCUCUCGGUUCUGAUUCUGGCUCUUCAGUGACUUCGACUGCCACUGGAUCGGCAUCUGAUAAGAGCGUCAAUGGUUCGGGAAAGAAGUGGGGUAGUGAGAUUUCUGUGGCAGGAGCGGUAGUUGCCCUCUGGGAAAUAUCGUAUUUGUUUUGA